GAGCACUCCAAUCGAUCGAUGACACCACACACUGAGGUCUUUUUAUUUUUGGUACACGUCGCAUUCCCCGGUACUUACAAAAAUGGUCGAAGUUCGCUCAAGAUCACGUCUUUUUCUUGUUUCAUUUGGUCUCAACCUAGCUUGUCUAAUAAGUGCUGACCAUGGAUCGGCAGAUAGCAUUUAUGAUACAGAGAAAUUUUCGAAAGAAGUUCCCCUAAAGCCACAUUUUAUAAUGUUUUUUGCCCCGUGGUGUGGGCACUGUAAACGACUUUCACCAACAUGGGAUGAAUUAGCUGAAAAAUACAACGAAGAUGAGAAUUCUAAAGUUAGCAUUGCAAAGGUUGAUUGUACUGUUGAAACACAAUUAUGUGCUGAGAAUGGUGUUAAAGGUGUCUCUUAUACACAUCUAGAUGUUCAGGUCAAUAUACUCACAGAUGAAAACUUUGUAGAUGGUGUUUCAAAAGGCCUAACAUUUGUCAAGUUUUAUGCACCAUGGUGUGGACAUUGCAAGCGACUAGCACCAACUUGGGAGACUUUAGCUACUGAGGUUGUUGAGCAGAAAGAUGUAAGCAUUGCAAAAGUUGACUGCACUGUACAUAAAUCAACCUGUCAGAAGUAUGAGGUACGGGGCUAUCCUACUCUUCUUCUCUUCAAGAAUGGUAAGAAUGUUGAAAAGUAUGGCAAGUCGCGAGAGUUGGACUCGUUGCUUACUUUUGUUAAUGAGAAGGUUGCCCAAGUGAAAGAUGAACUCUAGAGGUUGUCACUCCAGCACUGUAGGACUUUGUCAAGAUAGGCACAUCCAUUGGGAAUCAAUAUUCAACAUUUAUUUAAACUGUUUCCUUCACAUGCGUAAAGUACAUUCCAUCUCUAGAGGGCGCCAUACAAUGCACAAGGAGGUGCAUUCCAAUUUCUUACAAUAUGAUUACAAAACAAAAAUUUCCUCCAGAUAGAUGUAAAAAUAUUCACUUAUUCAAAUAUGCAGACAAAAGAACUGUCUGAACAAACCAUUGAAUAUAGGUUUUAUGUCUUACCCAGCCUCAUGUGUUCUCUACACAAUACUUGACUGAUUAAAAAAAAACACAGCUUAUCCAAUCCAUAAUAUCUUCAACCUUUCAGGGCUCAGAAUCUGUCUGGUUAAUUUUCUUAUUAAAUUGGUCCAUGUUUAUCUAAAUUUUGACCCCAUCUUUGGUGCCUUUAGGGAUGGAACAACUUUGUUCAUUUUCAUGUUUGUGUUUUUUUUCAAAUUGUAUUUAAAUUUUAUGAAGACAAUUAAUUAUAAGAAUUUUAUUAACGUUUCUUGACUUGUAAAAUGAAGGAAUCUUUCAUGUUGGUGUUGCUUUAUUGAACAAUUUUUUUGUACCUUUUUUGGUGCAAGUGGCAUUUUGAAUUGCGCCCUCUAGAAUAUAGGCCUACAUAUUCUAGAGGGCGUAUUUUGUUUAAUAUUAAUACAUCUAUCUAGCUAUCUAUCUAUACAAGUCUGUUUACGUAACUGUAUGAUACAAUUCAUUUAAUUGUUUAUCCGUUUUCCUCUCUUUAUUAUAGUGGCAUUUUUGUCAAUUUAGCUUGCAUUUUUUGAACAUCAAAUAUUAUUGGUCAGUAGUCUUUUGAUCCUGAAAUUCUUCUACAAAUUAUUUUUGUAGUUUUAUUUUUUUUUCCAAAGCAUAGAUUGCUUUUGAUUUGUUCAUUGAAAAAUGCAAGUUAAAUAAUUAGAUGUAAGUUUAUUUCUUUAAUAUUAUUAGCACUUAUUAAUGUUUGUUGUUUGAAAAACAACUUUGAUUUAAUCCUUCGUUUUAGAUACAGUACAACUCCUUAUUUGGGGCACUACUCCUUGCGAUUCAAGUGAAAAUAUUCUUGCACUACAGCUAAACCCUAUUAAAGGGACACUAUUCUGGACCCGAAGGUUUCCGCUAAUAGUGGUUUUACUGUAUUUGCUAAACUUAUUUUUAGAUAACAUAAUAAUAAAAUACCAACGUAAGCUGGACAGAGAACGAAUAAUUAUAUUGUUAUUUUUAUAUAACCAUUGCUGAAAAAUUACAUAUUCCGUAUAAAUACUGUACCAUAUUUUGCAAUACUUAUAUUUUUUGCAUGUUGUAUAUACUUUCUGUAUGUGCUUUUUACACCAGAAUUGCUUGACGUUUUCUGGUUGUAGAGAAAGAAUGUGCUUUUUCUGAAUCAUUGUUUAAACAUUUGAUCCAGCCAAGAUGUAAUCACAAUCUAAUGAUUAUAUGAUCAUAAUUGAUUUAUAUUGUGAUCACAAUCUGUUUAUAUACAGUAUGUAUGAUUGCACUCCAUUUGAUGUAAUCAGAAUUCAUUAUGUUAUCAUAUUCAUUAUGUUGAUAUCAAUAUGUUUAUUAUGUGAUUACAAUUCAAUUAUGGUGUGAUCGUAUUUUAUGAUGGUAUGAUUACAGUAUGUUUAUGGUUUGAUCACAGUCUGUUUGUGAUCACAAUCCAUACAUAAUGAGAUCAUAAUCCAUAUAAAAUAAUCCUUUUACAUUUCCAUGUUAUAAUCCAUUUAUAAUGGAAUCACAAUUAUAUUUAUUAUAAUUACAGUAUAGUUAGGUAAUAGUCUUAUAGGAAUGAUCAGAAUAAUUUGGGUUGUUUUAUUAUGCUGGGAUCACAAAAUUCCCUAAUACCUUUUUUAAGUCAGUGGUGAAGUCAUCACUUUUAUUUGCACUGACUUUUCCUAUUCGCGACUGAUCACUUCUCGAUAUAGUGCUUCUGAUUUUUUGCGUCUUGUGCGCAAAAAGGCUGAAAGCUGGGGUAAUUUUACUACAGUACAACGCGAUUGGAAUAUUUCUUGAUACCUUGUACUACUACGAAAUCAUUCUAAUACACGCAGGUAAAACCGGGCACUUGCUGCGCCCAGCGUUCGUCGGCCGACGCGAUUUUAUGUAGGAUGCAACACGACGAUGCAACGGAUCGUUGUAAUGAAGAUCCGUUCAGGUGUCCACUGAUAAUCAGCAGAUGACAUCGUCUAGUGCUUACAGGGAAUAGAGUUGGAUUCAUCGUGCAACGGUUGUAGUUCCCAGGCUUUAUGCACAUGCACAAUGAUCACUAAGUAACCAGCACUUUGAUGGAUUUAUGAUAUAGGGCCCAUAGCAACCGCUCUAGAGCAACCAGCAGUCUGCUUAUAAAAGUAAUAGAAAAGGUGAUGCAUGUCACAACUGACUUAAUAGUUAAGUAAUUUCGUACACUAUAGAAAAUAUAAGCCUUAAGAACCAUUAUUUUCUUCAAAAAUUGCCUUCAGCUCUGCAGAAAUUUUCUCAGGAAAUAAUGGCUCCUUCAGCUUCUAUUUUCUAUGGUGUACUGAAAACGUGACUAUUGCUUAUAUUGCAGUUGAUACACUUUAUCAAUACUUACUUGAACUACAACCGAUUCAGUUUUUUUUUCACUCACAAGCAGUGCCAUAAUGCUUUAUGUUUCACAAUGUAUGUGUUAUCUACACAUCAUGUGAUGUUAUGUUAUGAUCGUGAAUCAUCACCCUCGGUUAUUUCUACCAAAGAUCAAGUGAAAGGAAAUGUAUAUUUACUGUAUGCCCACCAUGAUGCCUUGAAAAUAAUGUUAACCAAAUAUUAUGCUUAAGUUUUUUAUGUCUCUCAUUAUGACUCCAAUAAAAUUGUAUUUGUCAGGCCUUAA